AGGCCGCACAGGGUGGCGGAGGCGAGAGCGCUCUUGGAAGACGUCAGGCCCUGGGCGGUCGACGAGUGGGGGCCGAUGCGGCAGCUGGAGGAACGGCACGCGGGGGCGCUGGCGUGCCUGCGGGCCGGCGAGCAGGCCGUGGCCGAUAGAGAUGGCGAGCUGCUCUCCGCGGCGGUGGUCGAGGCCGACCGGCUGGGCCUCGAGGACGGCAGCGUCGACGCCUGGCGCUCGACCUCGCGCCUGCUGUCGGCGGCGCGGGCCGAGAUGCACCGCGUCCUCUCGAAGCGGCGCCGCGGCGUCGCCGAGACGGAGGCAGCCCUGGCAGCGGGUCGCCCUUGGGCCGAAUGGGCCGCCAGCGAGGUCCAGGCGGCGCCGCUGCCACGCUUCGACGACCAUGCCGUGGACGACGUUGGGGCACCCAAUUUGCAGAUCAAGCCUGUAUUGUCGAAAUUGGCCGAGGGCGAAUCGUCGGCGAUCGCCCAGAACUGCGACCGCAACGGUUUCGAAUCGCGGCGCUGGUUGCACGGGGGGGUCGACGAGCUGGCGGGCGGAAGGCGCUGGGCGCUGCUGCGCGCCAUCCUGUCGCCCCGCAGGGUAAAACUGGAGGAGAUAGGCGCGGCGCUCCAGCCAUGGGUUGAGAUGGCCCCGAGGUGCAGCGAGAAGCAGCGGAGGUGGGGGGCUCGCGCGGUCCUGCAGGGGCGCGCGAAGAGGGCUAGCUCCAGCGGUCCCGUGCCCAUGGACGUUGACAGCUUGCAGCCCUUUGAAGGGCACUAUGACAAGUGCGGGAAGUGGGGGCACGAGGAGGCAGACUACCGGGGCAAGUCGCCGGACGCGAGGCCUCCCUCGCUAGGUGCGUUCGAUGCGCGGGUCGCCCCGCCGUCGUUCACUUCUGUGGCUGGCGUGGAUGACGAGGGGUGCGCCGAGUUCAACCUCGACGCCGGGGCGGCAGCCGCAGCGUUCCCCAGACGUGCGCAUGGCACUGGCCUCUGCAAGCCAGGUCUCCAGGGGGGGAAGCAGGUGGCGUGGCUGACCGAGGAGACCUUUGCCUUCGAGCUCUUCGCCGGCGAGGCGGGCCUCACCUGGGACCUUCGGUCUCGCGGCCUGCGAGUUGGGCCUCCUGUUGAGCUGCAGCGUGGUGCGAGGUAUAACCUCGCGAGAAUAAGUAUUCAUAACCACAUCAAGUCGUGGAUCUCCAUGGGGCUCGUAUGGCGCAUCCACUUGGGGACCUCGUGUGCGGCCUGGUCCAUUGCAAGGAGAGGCGUGCGAAAUCUGGGGAAGGCUCAUGCUAAGGAAGCGAUCGCUGUUGAGUUGGCCCUUUUCGCCGCCGAGAUCUGCGCGCUGGCUUCAAGACAGGGCGCCCUUUGGAGUCUGGAGAAUCCUACUACGUCACGUCCGUGGGAGUUUGGGCCCACUGUGGGCCUCAUGAGGCUCCCCGAGGUGUUCAAGGUUUCUUUCCAUAUGUGCCAGUAUGAGGUCAUGCACAAGAAGCCCACCACGGUGCUCACCAAUGUCUCGGCCCUGCGGGGCCUGGAAGGGUACGGGCCCAGCGCGGGCCGCGCCGUCUUCUUCGGCUACCUGCUGCUGCGCGCCGACAACUACAAGGAGCAGCGGCUGCGCCUCGGCGACGUCGAGAGGUCGCUCGCCGGCUGGGCCAAGCGAUCCAGGGAGAUCGUGGAGGACCCCGCGUCGCAGGAGGUGCUGCUGGACAUGGGGGUCUGGGUGGUUGCCAACGGCCGCGGUGACAGCGCCGCCUGCAUGGCCCUCCAGCUUGACGACUCUGCCAGGCCGUCCGAGAGCAUCGAGCUCAUGGUCGGCAAUCUGCUGCCGCCUGUGCAGGGUGUCAGAGACACCGCUUCGCGGAACUGGGGCGUCGUCUUUGCGCCCGCGGAGCUGGGCUGCGUCACCGAGACCGGCCAGGUGGACGACCCGGUGGUGCUGGGCAGCCCGUCUCGGCCGCGGGCGCCAGAGAUCGCCGCGGCGUUGCGGGCGGGGGCCUCGAGGAGGGCGUUCCGCAGCGGGGCAAGGCCAGCGUGCUGCGCCGCGGACCCUGCGACGCCGCUCUUGCUCGCGCCCGCGCAGUGCGAGCGCGACUUCCGCGACGCGGCCAAGGCGCUCAACUACUUCAAGCUAGCCCUCGCGCCACGUGCGGUGCGGCACGGCGCCCCCUCUCGCGACAUCUAUCACAAAAAUCGGAAUCUGGAGCAGGUCCGACGCAGGGGGCGCCGGGCCGCAGAGAAGAGCGUCACGCGCUACGAGCGCCAUGCGAAGCUCCUGAAAUAG